UAGCGGUAUCUUCUUUUACCCUGCUUGAGGGUCCCACUUGGAAACCUCGUUCUCUUCACAGAAACUUGGUGUUAUAAAUUUAAAAGCGGGUGGAAAGUGUUGUCUGAAGCUAAAUGUCUUGAAAAAUACUUGCUGGGAAUUCAAAUCUUAGAAGGCUAUUUCGAUCGAGCGGAAACAGUAUACGCCUUCGUUUUUUUACCUAUAUAAUUGGACUGAGUCCCCUCUCAUCUUCAGAGAAUUGAAAUUUAAAUUUCAACGUGUUGGUAGAUCGAACCAAACUUUAAAUCCAAACAAAAAAUCAACUGCAAGUGUUUUUUUUAUUUACUCAAUUUUCGGAUAUGCCAAAAGAAAUAAUUGCGCUUUGGCAUCAACAAUAUUUUUUUCUGUCACAAUUCGGUUCUGUUUUACUGAUCAUUCAGUACAAAUUACUAAGAUACAGCAGACAAGUCCACAUUUCAGAAUGAAAAUCACAGUUAAAUCCGGGGCGGGAAAGUCCACUUAUCUCAUAGCCACCGUUUAGAUACCUCAACGGAGAAGAUUUUUGAGCGACAAUAGUGGUGUCGAAGCAGGUGGAGGUCUCCGCCCCAUCAAGCGGGUUGAGAAUUGCCGGUGUCAAGCCAACGGUCCAGAGUCUCUGAAUUUUCUGAUUCACUGACCAGUUCACUCCAGGAAGGAAAUGGGUCCACUCGUAAAACAAAUAAAGCUCUGUUCCUGUUCUAACCUUGGCAACAAGCAAAAUUCUAGCUGUCGAUUUGGGGGUUCAUUGCAAUCCUUGCCAAGCAGAUUCAAAUCUCUGGUCGUAUAGAUAGCGGCGUGGUCUAGUCACCAAGGAAGUUCCUUUCCGUUUAGCCGGCCCUUGGUGUCCUUUCGGACCGCCAAGAUGACAAGGCGUUUGUUUUUUCCUCUGCUGGCUCUCUCACUGUGGUCAUUAGCCACUGCAGGUGAAGUGGACAAAACCUGCAACAUUAUAAAAGAGACUGCCGCCAUCAAUGAAUUCGUGUGGGAUCUGCCCAUCCUGGACAGCAAUCCCAUAGUUCUCUGGUUCUCAGUCUACGCACAAAGCAAUGUGUACAUCGCUCUAACAGCGGACUAUGCACCCAAAACUGACGUUCCCAUGUACGUUAUCGUUAUUGGUGGCUAUCGCAACACGCUCUCCUACAUAUCUAAGUGCCGUGACUGCGAGCCUCUAGCGGUGGCAGAGGGGGAAAGCCUGCAGUGUAACCGACUGAACGAGUAUUGGGUUCGCUAUGAAGACCGAUAUCUCAAGGUGGGCCACAGCGGCCGGAGGCAGCCGUUCCUCAAGUACGCCGUGCCGGAGGACGAUUUUGCUCCACGCUACGUCGGUUACUCGACUAGCUACCUCGGCCAAGGAAUGUUCACUUUCGCCUUUGAUAAAACAGGAUUUCACAGAUACAGCGAAGUGGUGUACUGGACCGGAGAUCCAUUCUGCUUGGAUUGGAUUCUAAAUGAGCUCCCCAACGGCCUGUCGGAAUUCUGCUUCCAAGCCAAAGCCGAACAGGGGCCGAUCUACCUGGUGCUCAGCCCACAGCGGUUUAGGAACCCCGGCCAAGCAGCCUACGAAAUAGUGAUCGGUGAAUCAGAGAAUUCCAAGACUGUGGUCCACACCGUCGUGCGCGGUGAUGUCGCCAUUGCCUCGGCCGAGACACCGGCUAUCCUCAACAGGCUUGCCUUCGCGGAGUACUGCAUCACCUUCGAGCCACUGAUAAUCACCUUUGGCACCGCCAGUCGCAAUAACAUCUUCUCUUGGGAGAGAGAUCCAAACAUACCUAUCAAGCACGUGGGCUUUGCUGGGGGUCUGAUACCAGCUGCUUUCCGUUUCCAACUUGAGUUCAUUUCGAAAUAUCAGCAAGACAUAAUAAAUUUACCCCCAGAGCCACCCGUGGGUGAAGACAAAUGCCGUCAAAUGCCAAGUCCCUGUGGAGAGAACGGUGUUUGCUAUGAAGACCACUCAUUGUCGAGUGGCUUUCGUUGCGAGUGCAUGAAUAACUUUCAAGGAGAACGCUGUGAUGUGCCACCUGCCGGCGGUAGUGACCUUGAAGCUACCACUAGACCCCCGACGCCAAGACCAAAAGUUACCACAAGACCCCCGGCGCCAAGACCAAGAGAUCCUUGCUCUCCUACCAAUCCCUGUCAGAACGAAGGAAAGUGUCGCAGAGACGGAGCUUCUAGUUACUCUUGCGAAUGCAAGGACGGAUACACUGGGACAAAUUGCGAAACCGAAAUACCUGACCCCUGUUCCAGCGAACCUUGCCUGAAUGGAGGAACGUGCGAGCGUGGACUGGGAGGCAGCUACAGGUGUGGUUGUCCUCCUGGCUAUAGUGGAUUCAACUGUGACAUCGAGCCAGAGGAUCCCUGUAAAAGUGACCCUUGCGGGAACAAUGGAAUGUGCAAAAAAACUGGGACAUUUAGCUAUAUGUGCACUUGCACCAAUGGCUACAGUGGAUUCAACUGCGAAAUUGAACCAGUGAAACCUCCCAGCGGUAGUGAACUUGAAGCUACCACAAGACCCCCAGCGCCAAGACCAAGAGAUCCUUGCUCUCCUACCAAUCCCUGUCAGAACGAAGGAAAGUGUCGCAGAGACGGAGCUUCUAGUUACUCUUGCGAAUGCAAAGACGGAUACACUGGGACAAAUUGCGAAACCGAAAUACCUGACCCCUGUUCCAGCGAACCUUGCCUGAAUGGAGGAACGUGCGAGCGUGGACUUGGAGGCAGCUACAGGUGUGGUUGUCCCCCUGGCUAUAGUGGAUUCAACUGUGACAUCGAACCAGAGGAUCCCUGUGAAAGUGACCCUUGCGGGAACAAUGGAAUGUGCGAAAGAAAUGGGGAAUUUAGCUACAUGUGCACUUGCACCAAUGGCUACAGUGGAUUCAACUGCGAAAUUGAACCAGUGAAACCUCCCAGCGGUAGUGAACUUGAAGCAAAACCCGACCAUUUGGGUGAAUGCCCUGUUUUCCCUAAGGAUGUCGCAGGAAUCUGCAUUAGCAACUGUGCGGCGGAUAAUGACUGCAAAAAGACAGAAAAAUGUUGUUCCAACAGUUGCGGGAAGGUUUGCCAAAAAGCAUGUACACCGGUACGAUGCAGGAUGGAUUGUCAACAUGGUUUCAAGAGAAACGGCAACGGGUGUGAAAUAUGCGAAUGCAAAGCAUCGACUGAAGAGAUUCCACCGAAAGAAACCCCAGAAGACACAAAAGUUUGUCCUGAGCCACAGUGUAGUCAGGAAUGCCCAGGAGGAUUCGAAAAGGACGCAUAUGGCUGUAAAAUGUGUGACUGCAUAGAGAUUACAGAGGGAGGUGAGGACGAGGAGGAAGAGGAGGAAGAGCCUGAAGGUCAGGUUCUUGAAACGACCGGAGGCAGCAAGGAAAUCGUCAUCAGUAACGAGGUAAACACCCAGCAGGAGCAACUAUUCGUCAUCGACCCUAACGACAUGUUGAAGUUUACACUGUCAUCAGGGGAUGGAGACCUGACCAUUGCUGUGCUGGGAACGGUGGUGGAACUUUUGGACUCUCACGACAACGUGAUGAGAAUCGUGAAACUGCCAACGUGGUGUCUGCAUCACAAAGAAAUCAAUUUUGCCGUAAACUUCAUCACCACUGGCUUUAAAGUACUGAUAAUAACAUCAUCUGGAGAAGAAAGAUUACUGACGAAGUACGAAAAGAGGAGCAAGAAGAAAUUCACCUGCAAAUCUCUGAGAUUGACAUCAAAGAAAAAGAAGAGGUGCAGGGUGAGAUACAAGCACAAGAGGAGACGUCGAGGUAGAAGAGGCAGAAAAGGAAAACUGCGAAAAUUUCUGAAGAAAAGACUAAGGAAAAAACGGAAAGUUUGUCCUAAGGUACGGUGUAGUCAGGACUGCCCAGGAGGAUUUGAAUUGGACACGAAUGGCUGUCAGAUGUGUGAUUGCGUAGAGAUUACAGAGGGAGGUGAGGACGAGGAGGAAGAGGAGGAAGAGCCUGAAGGUCAGGUUCUUGAAACGACCGGAGGCAGCAAGGAAAUCGUCAUCAGCAACGAGGUAAACACCCAGCAGGAGCAACUAUUCGUCAUCGACCCUAACGACAUGUUGAAGUUUACACUGUCAUCAGGGGAUGGAGACCUGACCAUCGCUGUGCUGAAAACUGCAGUGAACAUUUUAGACUCGAAGGAAAAAGUGGUGAAAAGCGUGGAAUUGCCAGCAUGGUGUGUGCAGUACCAACAACUAAAUUUUGCCAUAAACUUCAUCACCACUGGCUUCAAAGUACUGAUAAUAACAUCAUCUGGAGAAGAGAGAUUACUGACGAAGUACGAAAAGAAGAGCAAGAAGAAAUUCACCUGCAAAUCUCUGAGAUUGACAUCAAAGAAAAAGAAGAGGUGCAGGGUGAAAUACAGCCACAGAAGGAGACGUCGAGGCUCAUCCAGAAGGAAGAAGUUUAAGAAAAAAUCGUAUGUGAAGAAGACGAAAGGGAGUAGCUCCUCUAGAAAGAAGAAGUACAAGAAAAAGUCCUAUGUGAAGAAGACGAAAGGCAGUAGCUCCUCCAGAAAGAAGAAGUACAAGAAAAAAUCCUAUGUGAAGAAGACGAAAGGCAGUAGCUCCUCCAGAAAGAAGAAGUACAAGAAAAAAUCCUAUGUGAAGAAGGCGAGAGGCAGUAGUGAGUUUGACAGUUUCAUUAAUUCCAAUUUCCGUUACGUAGGGAGUUUCAAAAGAGAGUUGCGAGUACUCAUUUUCCUGUGAGUUACAUCUUUUCAAUGAAAUAUUUGUGAUAGUCAUGCCACACUGCAGUCUACUGCAGUAAUUAUAUAUCUUAGUUUGUCACUUUGAAGCAAUGCUUUUCAACUAUACUUGAAUACCAUGACUUAAGAACUGCAGUUUUGCAAACUGAAGUGAGAAAUCUUAUAGAACGAAACUGUACCACAGGGUGAAAUGCGACCGAGCUGAUUGAAAUUGAUAAGAUUUGUACAUCAGCAAAUACCGAUAUUGCUUUGCGGCAGUCCGUUAUACGUGGUGUUAGGAUAAUCCUGGAGUUGUGCAGAUGUGCCGUUUGGCUAUUACUGUCUUUGUAGCCGUAAUACGGUUUCUCGUUCAGAUACUUUUUUAAGGACGAUCUGGACUUUCUUAUUAUUUUAUUUUCUGGCUCCUCUAAAGGGAGGAAGUUCAAGAAAAGUGAGUCGUAUUUGUGCUUUGACUAAAAAUGUUUCGGACAUGACUGACUUCUUCUUUUAAGUUUAGUUUCUAGGUUAAUGCUUCUCUUCAUAUUAAAUUUGUUACAAGGUUAUUAUAACUUGUUCACUCUGAAUAAUUACCAAGACGCAUCUGUUAACUUAAGAACUAAUAAGGGCAGCUAUAGUGGAGCCUUUUAGAUUACGACAAAGAAUCGGAGUUUGGCUUCGCGAUAAAAACUAACAAGAUAUUAUACAUUGGUGAUUGCUCAAACUUUUGUACAACAAGCCAUUUGUACUCAU